AUGAAUUAAAAUAAUUUUCUAUGCUUUGAACAUCCUAAGAAUGAAGUGACUCAUAUUUGUUUAGGAAAACAUAGCUGCAAUAGAUUGCUCUGUGAAAAUUGCUUGAAUUUACACUAAACAAACAAUAUAAGAGUCUUGCCUAUGGCUCAUUUUAUUUAGGAAUGGAGUACCUAUACAUUUCAAUUAAGGCUUAUUAAAAUCGAGUGUUUCUGAGAAUUCAAAACUAAGGGCUAUAUAAAUCAAACAAAUCUACUAAAAUUUUCUCUAUGAUGUGAGAGAAAACUUCAAAAAAAUUAAUGAUUUGAUUGAUAAGGCGAAUAUAGAAUUUGAAAAGUUAAUAUCCAAGUAGAACUGUUUCGAUGAGUUUUAAAAUAAAAAUACCAACUUUUUAUUAGAAUUUCAAGAAUAAAAUUUACUUCAAGCUUGGGGAUUAUUUAAAUCAAAUUAAUUAGAAAGUGUCUAGAAUUUAUAUGCUUCUUUUGAAAAAGGUGCUAAAGAAUUCAACAAGCUUUUAAAAGCCAAUUUAAAUGUCAUAAGUGCCAUUCAAAUUUUAAAAUUAAACUAGCAAAGUUAAAAAACAACAUUGUAAUAAAGUUAUUAAUUCUAUUGUUAUGGAGAUAAUUUUUAGGAUUAUUAAAUUACAAAUUUUUAAAUUAAAUAAAUUGGGGAGUAAGAAAUAGGUUUCAUUAAGGAAGGACAGGUUUUAAAGAUGUAAUGUUUAUGAUUAUAAAAAUAGUCAAAAGAUUACUGAUAAUUACAAAGACGAAUGUAUUAUCAAGAAUUUAGAGUAGAUUAAAUAUAGCGAGUUCAGUGAAGUAGAAAUUGAUAAGAACCCUAAAACUAAAAAAAUGGAAGUUAGAUGGAAAGGAGAGAAUUUCAAUAUAGGAGGCUUUGCUAAUUAAAAUAAUAAUAAAAUUGGACAAUGGAGAGAGUAUUUUGGAAAUUUUUGGGAGUAAUGAUAAAGAAUAAUUAUUAGUAAUUCAAAAAUAAUUAGUGUUGGAUGCUAUUUUAAGGGCAAAAGAUUUUAGAAAUGGGAAGAAAAAUAUGUUGAAAAUUGGAAAAAUAAUUACAUAGUAGAAGAAGAUUAAAAUGAAAAUGAAUAGAAUGCUAUAGAUAAUUAGAUAAAAUUAGAAUAAGAAUCGAUAAAUUAAUAUAUUCUAGGAGGAGGAUAUUACGAUGAACAAGGAUUAAAAAAUAGUAAAUGGAUAGAUUUACACAGCAAUUUCAAUAGGUUAUUGUUUAAUUUCUAAGAUUUAGAUAAAUGCAAAUCAUUUAUAGAGGAGAAUAUGAGCAUGAUAAAAAAAUUGGAGUUUGGGAUACAAUAUUCAACAAUAAAUUAAUGUAUAUAAAUUCUCAAUUCUAAUAGUGGAGGUGGAUGUUAUUAUUAAUAAGGUAUAAAAAAUGGAAGGUGGAUUGAACAUCAAGCAAAAUUUAGUGAGUAUUAAAUAAUCUUUAGUCCAUCAGAUUUUCUUAAGUCAUUUAUGUUGGUGAGUAUAGAUAAGGAAAAAAACACGAUUAAUGGAAUGCUAUGUACAGAGAGAACUUAUAGUCGGAAUAUAAAAUUGUGUAAAUUUCUAAUUUCUAUAAAUCAGUGGAGGAGGAUAAUAUAAUAAAAAUGGAAAAAAGUAUGGAAUGUGGGAUGAGCUACCUUCAAAUUAUGGAGCGUAUGUUUAAUCUGAUAUUAUAUUUAAACAUUAGUAAUUUUAUAGGAAAAUAUAAUGGAUUAUAUGAAGAUGGAAAGAAAUAAGGAAAGUGGGAUAUCCUUUUUGAAAAUUAAGUAAUGUAAAAGUAUUUAACUCUAUUUGCAAAGCGGUGGAGGAGACUAUAAUAAUGACGGAAUAAAGACAGGAAAAUGGAUUGAACUGAUGGAUAACUUUUAUAAGUAAUUUUAUAUCUCUAAGAACUUCAGUUAAUCCUAAGUUAUUUAUGUAGGAAUGUAUUAAGAUGGAGGGAAAAUUGGGCAAUGGUAAACACUGUAUAGAUGGAAUUAAACCAAUUAAUUUACAGAAAUGUAAGUUUGGUACUAAAUCAUUAGUGGAGGGGGUUUAUAUGAUAAAAAGAGUAAGAAAAAAGGGAAUUGGAUUGAUAUACAUGAAUAAUUCUGGAAGUACUAUGAUAAGCAUAAUAAUUUAAAAGUUGGAUGUAGGUUAAAUUUAUUGGCGGAUAUUAUAAAGGAUUGAAAGUAGGAAAAUGGGAUACUAUAUAUGAUGAGAAAGUUAUGUAAAAUAAUUAAUUAUUUCAGAGGAGGAGGUUUAUAUAAUCAAGAUGAAAUUAAGAUUGGCAAAUGGAUUGAGUUGGCUGAAAAUUAUAAUAAGUAUUUUUAUUUUGUUCUAGGGUGUAAGAGCUUGUUUAGUAACUUUUACUGGUGAAUAUCAAAUAGGAAUAAAAUCAGGAAGAUGGAAUAUUUUAAAUGAAGAUUAAGUGAUGUAAAAAUAAAUAAUAUAAUUAAGUGGAGGUGGUGAUUAUAAUUAAGAAGGAAAAAAGAAUGGAUAAUGGAUUGAUUUACAUGAAAAUUUUAAUAAGUUUAAUUAAUUUGUUAAUUUUUAAAGCAAUUGUGUAGUCACAUAUUCAGGCAUUUAUUCUAAUGGAGUAAAAUAAGGAAGAUGGGAUAUUACCUAUUAAAAUAAUGUGAUGUAAUUAUAUUUCAAAUUAACAUAAGUGGAGGUGGUUGCUAUGAUGAGUAGGGCAGAAAAUUUGGUUAAUGGAUUGAGUUAGAUGAAAAAUUUAACGAUUCUUGGCUAAAUCCUUGUAAAAUAAUAUACAAAAGGGAAUAUUCGAAUGGAAUGGCAAAAUCUUUUGGCUAAAAAGAGGUAUUAAUUUGA